CCUUAUCACAGUCUAAUAUGUUUGGAAGGAUCAAACUCUGCUCUUAAUUGUAGUCGAAUAUAGGCUAAAACCCAUACUUUUUCCUCUCAUAAAUAAAUUACUUUAUUAGGCAAACAUUAAUAUAAUUUGUAUUAUUACUUCUUAGCUACAUAAGGGCAAUUUCGGCUUACGUGCAGCAAGAUGACUUGUUUCUACCAGGUUUAACCGUCAGAGAACAUUUAAUUUUUCAGGCAAAAUUACGAAUGGAUCAUAGAACAACCAGGAAAGAACGAUUACAGAGAAUUGAAGAAAUUUUAAAAGAGUUAGGACUUAAAAAUUGCGAGAAUACAAUUAUAGGACAACCUGGAUUCAAGAAAAGUUUAUCCGGAGGCGAAAGGAAACGUUUAACCUUCGCAACUGAAAUCUUAACAGACCCAGCAUUACUGUUCUGUGACGAGCCAACUACUGGUCUCGAUUCAUUUAUGGCACACAACGUAGUCAGUAUAUUAUAUGAAAUGGCUUCUAAAGGGAAGAUCGUUAUCUGCACCAUCCAUCAACCGUCUUCUGAAGUCUUUCGAAUGUUCGAUAGGUUAGAAAGUUGUAUUUCUUUUUAUAAAAUGUUAUUACACGGUAAUUGUCGUAUUUGGAGAUCAGGAAACACUCGUGUUUUCCGAAAAAUACGAGCAAGAUAGCCCGACAUUCAAUGUCUGGUUCGUACCGACCUCCAAGCGUAUGUUGUCCCACUUUUCUUUAUCGAACACAAAGAUCUCCCGAUGUCACCUCCUUAAUUUCUUUCUGUGAGGCUCCGUAUAGGACAGAGUGCACGCAAUAAGGAUAAUCUAGAAAUUGAAAUGAGAUGUUUAGAGAGAAAUCGAGUGCAUGUUUGA